GAUACAUUCGUACACAUGGAUCAAUCUGGUUGGUGAACAAUUAAGUAGGGACAAGUACAAAUAGAUGGACUAAUUAGUUGGUUAGGGAGCCCAGUUGGACCCCCGCGUCGCCCUCCUCUGGCGGCACGGGGGGAACGCAUCCGCCGCCGCCAGGAACCCCCCUGCACCCGCCACCGCUGCGCCGCCGCCGGAGGGCCGGCCGGCGAAGCCGUGCCGCGCCCCGGGAUGGUGGCGGCAGGGCGGAUCCGUCCCCCAUGCGCUUCCCCCUCCCCGCCCCGCGGAUCCACCAGCCGCCGCCGGGACGCGCCAAACCCCGCCCGCUUCCGCCGCGUUGCCGUCGGUGGGCUGACCGGCGAGGCCGCGCCACGCCCCAGGAUGCUGCCGCCGGCCGGAUUCGUCCCCCGCGUGACUCCCCCACCCCCGGCCCCGCGUCCUCCCCGCCCCCACCCUGGCUCUGGCGCGGGCGCCACUCCUCCUAGCGCUGUUGCACGUCCCUGCCUGACGCCCUCCCCAGCAGACCUUCCCUCCACCCUCCGCGGUGAGGCCAUGCCCUGCUGGUGCGACUGGUCGUGGGUUGGGUGCGGGAUCUGCGGCCAGUCGCGGGGGUGUUCGCAGUCUGCCUUCCUGCAGGCGGCCCCCUCCUAUCCGGCGGCCCUCUCCUUCCCAAGCUGCGGUGAUGGCUCAUGCGCGGAGGCAACGAAGAUCCAAUGCUCGUGGAUCCGGAGGAGGUGCCACCCUCCGACGGCAGGUGCAGCCCGCCAACCCCCCUUCCGACAUGGCGGCUCCGAUCAGCGUUGGCUUCCUCAUCCUCGUUUCCAGAUUCGGCGGCUAUGGGAUUGCUUAGCCUCAGGCCAAGGAGAAAUCAGUGCUCGGUUUGCCGAUGCUGGUAACGACGACGUCUGCAGAUGUCGUUUCCUCCUUGGAGGCGUUGUCAAGGCCCUCGGCUGCGCCCCUCUUCGAGCUCAGGGGAAACCCUAGGCCCGGUUCCUCCGGACCGGAUGGCGACGGUGUCUCGGCGUCGUAUUCCUUCUUGAAGGCACCAUCUUGUUUGCUCGCGGUGUCCUCGGUCUUGGCUCUGGCGAUGUUGGUGACCUUGUUGGUUCGAGUUUGCCGCUCUUUGUUUGGAUUUGGUAGGUUUAGCUGUGUUGUAUCCUCUCUUCGGGCUGAGCAUCCCUUGUCUUUCUGUUGGAAAUAUGCCCUAGAGGCAAUAAUAAAUUGAUUAUUAUUAUA